GGUUGAUUUCCCAUUUUUGGCCAUUUUCCACCGCCAGUCCCGAUUCAACAGCAAAGCAAGCUUCAUCUUCAUCCCUUUCUACUUGUCUCACUACUUUCCCCUAAAACCCAAAGAAAUGACCCUUCAGACAUGCUGCAUUUGCUGCUUCACCGAGCCGGCGCUGGACGUGGCCGCCAUGCUCGCCAUGAACACGCGCAAAGAGCUGAUUGAGCUGAAUGCGAAAAUGCUGAAUCAGCAGAACGACUCGUCGCGUUCGUCCCUCUUUGCGCCAACCAAAGACCUGUCGAGCAUCCAAGUGACUGAGGACGAGAUGACCAUCUUGUGUGCUGGAUCUGGAGCGCCCAGCAAGACACAGCAGCAACAGGAGGAGGACGACCAACAAGUCCGACAGGAGCCUGACGUGCAACAAUCCGCGAUGACGUCGCCAUCCCAAAACGAGACGAAUCAUUCCGCAGCCGCCGUGCUCGAACAGCGCCAAACCACUGCCAAGGCCAUUCUGGACAGACUGGCUGCAAACAGCAUCCAAAUUGGCGCGUGGCGGUGGUCGUCCGUUUGCUGCCGCGACAUGUGUGUGCGCUGCGUGAUUUACAACUCGACCAACACGGAUCAAUGGGGCCUGCCCAGAUUGACCUGCCCAUGCUGCGAGGGCGCUAUUCCGCUCCGAAUCCUCUUUGAGUGGCAGGACGCCAUGAUUCGAAACUUUCAAGUGCGCCUCCAGCUGGCGCAAGCAGAAUGCCUGGAGGCAACGACACCGGAAAACGCCGACAAGGUAGCAACUUUUCAGCGCCACUUGGCGUCUGCUCAAGGCCGUGCAGAGCAGCUCCUUGCUGCCACCGUGCGUGGCAUUGUGUACAUGAUGCGCACCACCAAUCAGUCGGCAAAGCAAAUUUCCACCAAGUUUCCCAUGAUUCUCUCGAAAUACAUUUUGCGCGCUGUGCAGCCACUGCUCACGCGCGCCUUGCGCCGCGAUUCUCAUGAGAACGAUGAAGACGAGGAGAACGAGGAGGCUGAAGCGUCGUCGAGCCAGGCCCGUCCGCUAAAGCCUCGAGCAAAACGGUGGCAACCGCCGCAAUCCAUCCUCGAUUGCAUUGCCAAAAUGACACGCGAUCUGCACUCGGAAGACUCGAUGAAAUCCCUUGUGGACGAUGGUUUUGUCACGUGUGCGCAUUGCUGCGACCCGAUUCCCCUCUUUUCGACGACCUCGAUGCAGCAGACGCAAGCCGAGAGCACGACCGCGCAGGCUCAUCCGAAGGACUCUGAUAUCGAGACGCCCGAGGUCCGCGACGUCAUCGCCGCAGUCGCAAUGAAUGUCGACCCGGACUUGGACGCGUGUGUGAGCGCCCUCGCCGCCCAUCGUCUCGAAUGCCGCAAGCUCGAAACGGACAUUGCCGUGUUCCAGGACGCGCUCAAGGCUGCGCAAGAAGCCGAUCCAGCGUUUGUUGCGCGAGUGGCUGCGACGGAGGCGACCAGCACGCGUCGACGAGGCGGCAAGUUUUUCGGUGUGCGGCGAAACGACUUUGCUGUCGAUCAUCAACGAAAGCACGCAGAGCGAAUCGAGCAGGCUCGACUGGAUUUGAAAGCGGCCACCAAUGCCCUUGAGGUCGAGAAGGCCAGGUUUGCUCUCGCCCUCAAGGAGAGCCACAACGCUUGCGCUGCGGAAGGCGCGGUGAUCUCCAACCUGGAAUUUGUGUCGCUGCUGCACAAGCACGAUCUGCUGCGCGACGAAUCCCACCCGUUCGGUCAGUCUGUGUACUACCAUGACUUUAAGCAUCUUGGCCGCGACUUUGGAUAUGACGGCGAUGCCGAUGCAAUCGAGUUCUUCCGCCUGUCGCAGCAGCAGUACAGCAGGACGUUCGCGGAAGACACGUGGAUCCAGUGUCCAUCCUGCUACCUCGACACGUGCCGAACGUGUUUCCGUGAAGCGCACCCGGACGAGACCUGCGAGCAGCGGAUGAAGCGCGACAUUGCCAAUCACGCUGUUGGCGAAUGGAACACGUUUGCCUACAAGAAUGCCGACUUUUACUUUGCCCCUGGCUCGGAUGCGCACCGAGCCCUUCUUGUUCUGGACGAUGAUGAUGAUGAUGAUGAGGCUUCCAAGCCGCUGCUGGUGGAAAAGGCUGAGACUGCGCCAAAGGCAGCAGCUGCGACCGUCACCAUUGUGACUCCCACGACCACGUUGUUGUCUCCGAUGGCUCGCGUCCUGUCGCAGCUGUGGCAACUCUCGGCAGGCCCGCUUGGUGCCGUCUACAGCUGGCUGGAUGGCACUUGGCUGCGACAGGCGCUCUCUCGUCUCAUCCCUCGUCUGGGGGCAGCAGCGCAACGACCGUUGGUGCCACCAACUCUGCAGGAGACUCAGAAUGCUCUCCCUGCUGGUCGCACUCGCGACACUCGAAACCGAGGCGCGGACAAGCUGUGGGAUCGCUCCGAUUUCCAAGUCGCACAGCUGGAAACCAAUCUCGCUGCUCACCUCGUUGUUCGCAACACGACCCUUCCUUGCAUGAUGUGUCGGCGUCCCAUCACGCGUGAUGGCGGCUGUCCUCACAUGACUUGCUCGUUUUGCACCGCAGACUGGUGCUGGGAUUGCGCUUCGGUCGAUUCAUGGCUCAAGCAGGGCGUUUGGCCAACCGAGUUUGCCACCUCGCCAGUGUCCGAGGGCUUGCAGCUGGUCAUGCAGAAGCUGUUCAAGCGUGCCAAAACUUGCGACCAGAACAAGAGCUCGGCAGACUACACUUUGGCGCAUGGACUCGAGUUGCUGGGAGAGUCGAGUGCUGGCACGUCGAACGAUGCAGCAGGCGCUCCUGCCGCGCGUGACAAGGUCCCCGCAUACCACUUUGAGGAGGACGACAAUGAUGCCCAAUACACCGUCGUUUCAGACUUCGACGAUCCCUACUACGAGAUGGCCCUGGCUUGGCCCAACGCCGAAGCAAUCCGGAUUCCCCUGUCGCGCAGCCAGCUCACCUAUCUCCGACAGUGCAUGUUCUACUAUCGAACUGGAGAUUGCUGCAAGGAGCACCACAUUACUUUUUCUGCCACGCUUCCGCAUCUGAACUGAUGUGAAUAUGAAUACAGGUGAUUGAUUGUGUUACCCCA